AUGCUUGAGUAUAUGUUAGUAAUGAUGAUGGUCCUUUUAGCCGGAAGCUCUGACGGUCUGGAGGUCGGGUUUUACCACCGAAGCUGCCCGUCGGCAGAAGGUAUAAUUCUCCGCGUUGUGAAAGAAGAGGUGGCCAAAAACCGUGGCACUGCAGCGGUUCUACUCCGGCUACAAUUCCAUGAUUGCUUUGUGGAGGGCUGUGAUGGAUCGAUCCUUCUCAAGCAGGAAGACGACGAGAGUUUUGCAGCGGGGAAUGCUGGCGUUGGAGGAUUCGACACUAUCGACAAGGCCAAAGCAGCCGUUGAGCAGGCAUGUCCCGGCAUUGUCUCCUGUGCGGAUAUAAUCGCCCUCGCGGCCAGAGACGCCGUUGUUCUGUGUCCCCAGGGAGGAGAUGUUGGCGUGAAGAUCCCGUUGGAUUGGGAUGGGGAGUUUCUCUUCGACGACAUCCGAUCCGGUAGAGGUGUAUUAUCCUCAGACGCUGUCCUCUACAGGGAUCGCACGACCAAGAAGAUAAUCGACUCCUACUCGAGUUUAAACACCACCACGAUGCCUGAUUUUGCAACAGAUUUUGCCGAGGCGAUGGUUAAAAUGGGCAAAAUCGGGCUCAAAUCAGGAAGUACGGAUGGAGAGAUUAGGAGGCUUUGUAACGCGACCAAUAAUUAA